AUGAUUUUUAUGUAUUUACUUGUCAUCUGCUUCACAGCUGCAUUUGGACGAUACUGUGCAGACGACCAGAAGGUCUGGUGCCGUGGUCAUGAGAUAUGGGGUUGGUGUUUUCAUAACAAAACCAACGGUAAAUUCGAUUGCGACGACGACGGGUUUUGUGCCAGUCAGGAGCAACUCAAGAAAAAGAGAAGCAGUGGAUGUUUCAUACGAGAAAACAAUACUGUAUGCUGUUGCAAUGAGGCGGAUGGCUGCAACCUAGGAUUUAUAGCUGUGGCUCCAAAAUACUCUGUUGGACAGCAAUGCGUGAACACUAUUGAAGAACCGGGUGAAGAUCUGAAACUGUUUCGAGCAUGCGACGAUCCGUGGUGUUUUGCCUUUCUUACAGCGGAUGUCGAUGGAGGUUUGACAACAGCACAUCGUGGUUGCCGAUCUCGAAAGACUAUGAUGCACCACAUUUCCAAGGAUCAAGAUAAGGUGGAUUUUGAAAAAGUAAAGAAUACGAAAUACAAGAUUGAUCCUAUUCCAGAAGUUCAACAAUAA